GAGCGUCUGUAAUUGAUUGAGAGGUUUUUAUGACCUGGUUUUCACGACUCACGUGGCGGGGUCGAAUAGGCAGCGGCGGGCCAACAAGGACCAAGAUUAAAGAAUGUCAUAGUCAGUGAUUUAUGACACCCAAGCUUUAGUAUUCAUUGCGUUCAAAUUUAUUCCUUUUCAUGAUUCUGCUGCCUUGCUCCAUGAGCCACCUAAAUUUUCUCAGCCCAAGAUCCAGGCCGCAAAGGGUUUCAACCGCUCACUAAGUCCCCAAUGAUAACGUCAAUGAUACGCCUCCAGUAUCUCCCGACAGAGAUUCUUUCCCAGAUUUGUCUGGAAUUGAAGAAAGAUGACACUUCAGGCGUAUUCAGACUCUCAUUGACCUCCAGAGAGUUUCGGGCUAUCACAAUAUCCCACAUAUUCGAACGACUGUCCUUUACAAGACCUCGAACUUACUCGAACGUUACAAAUGGAACCACCAGAGAUAGCCGGAUAGGCCUUCUUAGAACAAUGAUUACAAAUUCUAAGAUCGCCUCUGAGGUCAAAGAAAUUGAAGACUUGCUCGACGGGAAAGGACUCCUGACCAAAGAAGAUCUCGAUAUCAUCAUUCAGGCAACCAAGGACCUCGGAGUUACGACACCAGAAGCUCUGACGCGGCUCGGCCAACAGUUGCAGCCGUCCGAAACGGUGGAAGACAUCCAAUUUGGUCUCAAUCAUGGAGAUCACGAGCACUUGGGUUGCUUCAUUACAGAAAUUGUUGGAUUCACAGGUGGAAAAGGAAAAUACUCGAGUAUCGUGGGUAGCAACGAUCACCGACUGUAGUGGUGAUAUUGCUUGUUCUUGUUGUUCUUUAGUGGAAGUCUAACCAGGUGCCAGCGGCGGCAGGAAGUCUGGGGUAUACCACCCUCGUGUGGCUGAGCCACACGGACCACCGUGGCUGGAACGGACCGCGGCA